UUCCAUCCCCUGCGGGUCUAGCCGCCCUCCCUCCUGUGGCCAGUGCGUCCCUCCCCUCUGCCUCCUGCGUCCCCUCCCCAGCCUCGAAAAGCCCAGCUGCUGCGAGCCCGCUCCAGUCCCGCAGGCCGACCUCCAGCUGCUGCCCUGCCUCCUCUGACUCCCGGGAGGCUCGUGGUCCAGCCCUCAGGCCCCUCGUCACCUCCUCACCCGCGCGUCACCGGCAUCUCCCACGUCCCCCAGGAGACGCCCUUUCCCUGUGCGCCCAGGACUUGGUGAAACUUUGCAGACGCCGGCGGUGAAAUGGAUUUAAUCCCAACGGCCCUGCUCCGGCUCUGGCUCCUGGCUUCCAGCCUCACACUCGGCGCUGAGUCGCUACGGAAAUCAGGUAAGGUGGGGCCUCCUCUUGACAUCAAGCUGGGUGCAUUGAACUGUACAGCUUUCAGGAUCCAGUGGAAAAUGCCAAGACAUUCUGGGAACCCCAUCAUUGGGUACAUGGUAUUUUACUCUGAAGUUGGUACGGAUAAGUCCCUGCGGGAGCAGUCACAUAAUGUACCUGUCGGUCAAGAUACCCCAAUCACUGAGGAAGUGAUUGGAGAUUUGAAACCAGGCACUGAAUAUCGAGUGAGCAUAGCCGCUCACAGCCAGACCAACAAAGGGCGGCUUAGUUCUCCUCAGCACGUGACCACUUUGUCUCAAGAUUCCUGCCUGCCCCCAGCAGCACCCCAGCAGCCACGGGUCCUUGUGGUUUCUGAUUCUGAGGUCGCCCUCUCUUGGAAACCUGGAGAGAAUGAAGGAAGCACCCCGAUUCAGUACUACUCUGUGGAGUUCAUCAGGCCAGAUUUUGACACCAGCUGGACCGUAAUCCAGGAGCAGCUCCAGAUGGACUCCAUGGUUAUUAAAGGCCUCGACCCAGAUACCAACUACCAGUUUGCUGUGAGGGCCAUGAAUCCCCAUGGCCUCAGCCCACGCAGCUGGCCCAGUGACACCAUCCGAACACUGGGCCCCGAGGAGGCAGGAAGUGGCCACUAUGGACCUCAGUACAUCACCAGCACGGGAGUCACUGAGGAUGAUGACGGAUCUGAAGAUGACCUAGAUCUGGAUGUUUCCUUUGAGGAGGUUAAACCUCUUCCUGCUACCAAAGCUGGGAAUAAGAAGUUCCUGAUGGAACCCAAGAUGACAUCUCUCUCUAAUCCAGAGAUGGGUUCCAGGCCUAUGCACCCCACCUCAGCAUCUCUCCUUGCAACAACAGUGGCUAUCCCACCCACGCCUGCCCAGUGGAAGGAGAAGGGCAGUGUGACCAAGAUGUCAAGGCUCUUUGACAUGUCUUGUGAUGAAACCUUCUGCUCAGCUGACAGCUUCUGUGCCAAUGACUACACAUGGGGGGGCUCACGAUGCCACUGCAACCUAGGCAAAGGAGGUGAAGGCUGCUCAGAAGAUAUCCUUAUUCGGUAUCCUCAGUUCUUUGGCCAUUCCUAUGUGACCUUUGAGCCUCUGAAGAACUCCUAUCAGGCAUUUCAAAUUACUCUGGAAUUCAGGGCAGAGGCAGAGGACGGCUUGCUACUCUACUGUGGGGAGAGUGAGCACGGGAGAGGUGACUUCAUGUCCCUGGCUCUCAUCCGACGGGCCCUCCACUUCAGGUUUAAUUGUGGAACUGGGGUUGCCAUCAUCAUAAGUGAGACUAAAAUCAAACUAGGAGCUUGGCACACGGUAAUGCUAUACAGAGACGGACUGAGUGGACUACUGCAGUUGAAUAAUGGCGCCCCAGUGACUGGCCAGUCCCAGGGCCAGUACAGUAAAAUUACCUUCCGGACACCUCUCUAUCUCGGUGGGGCACCCAGUGCCUACUGGCUGGUCAGAGCAACAGGGACAAACCGUGGCUUCCAAGGCUGUGUGCAGUCGCUUACUGUUAAUGGGAAGAGAAUUGAUAUGAGGCCCUGGCCACUGGGAAAAGCCCUCAGUGGAGCUGACGUGGGGGAGUGCAGCAGUGGGAUCUGUGAUGAGGCUUCCUGCGUCAAUGGUGGCAGCUGUGCAGCCAUCAAAGCAGACUCCUACAUUUGCCUCUGUCCCCUUGGGUUCAAAGGUCGACACUGUGAAGAAGCAUUCAUCUUGACCAUCCCUCAGUUCAGAGAGUCACUGUGGUCCUACGCUACCACACCCUGGCCCCUGGAACCCCAGCAUUACCUUUCCUUCACUGAGUUUGAGAUCACAUUCCGGCCAGACUCAGGGGAUGGUGUCCUCCUGUACAGCUUUGACACAGGCAGCAAGGACUUCCUAUCCAUCAACAUGGCAGGGGGCCACGUGGAGUUCCGCUUUGACUGUGGCUCUGGGACUGGAGUUCUCAGGAGUGAAGAGCCUCUCAGGCUAGGCCAAUGGCAUGAGCUUCAUGUGUCUCGCACGGCCAGGAAUGGAAUCUUACAGGUAGACAAGCAGAAGGUAGUAGGGGGAAUGGCAGAGGGAGGCUUCACCCAAAUUAAGUGCAAUACGGACAUUUUUAUUGGCGGAGUCCCCAAUUAUGAUGAUGUCAAGAAGAAUUCGGGUGUCCUCCAUCCGUUCAGUGGGAGCAUCCAGAAGAUCAUCCUGAAUGACUGGACCAUCCACGUGAAGCAUGAUUUCACAUCUGGCGUGAAUGUGGAGAAUGCAGCCCACCCUUGUGUGGGGGCCCCCUGUGCCCAUGGGGGCAGCUGCCGGCCCAGAAAGGAGGGUUAUGAGUGUGACUGUCCCCUGGGCUUCGAGGGUCUGCACUGCCAGAAAGCCAUCACAGAAGCCAUCGAGAUCCCACAAUUUAUUGGCCGCAGUUACCUGAUGUAUGACAAUCCAGAGAUCCUCAAGAGGGUGUCAGGAUCGAGAUCAAAUGCAUUCAUGAGGUUUAGGACUACUGCCAAGGACGGCUUGUUGCUGUGGAGGGGAGAUAGCCCCAUGAGACCCAACAGUGACUUCAUUUCUCUAGGCCUUCGGGAUGGAGCCCUGGUGUUCAGCUACAACUUGGGCAGUGGUGUGGCUUCCAUCAUGAUCAAUGGCUCCUUCAGUGAUGGCCGGUGGCACCGGGUCAAGGCCGUCAGGGAUGGCCAAUCUGGAAAGAUCACUGUGGAUGACUAUGGAGCCAGAACAGGCAAAUCGCCUGGCAUGAUGAGGCAGCUCAACAUCCAUGGAGCUCUGUAUGUGGGUGGAAUGAAAGAAAUUGCUCUGCACACGAACAGACAAUACAUGCGAGGCCUCGUGGGCUGCAUCUCUCAUUUUACCCUAUCCACCGAUUAUCACAUUUCCCUAGUGGAAGAUGCUGUGGAUGGGAAAAACAUCAACACUUGUGGAGCUAAGUAACACCAGCUGGCUUUGCCCAAGGGACAGAACAUCUAUCCUGAACAUCCCAAGGGCCCAGAGACCCUGCCUGAUGCUGCACACAGAGGCCCAGGGACCAGGUGUGUUUCCUCUCAUCAAGGACAAAGUACACCCUGAUGGGAACUGAGAAUCAAGACUGGAGGCCCUAAGUGGCCUUUUCUGCCAAGACUCUGUGGGCCAAACCUAAUGGAAUACUGUGUGUUGUAGUCUUUGAGAAAUCACACAUCAGUGUGAAUUCCAGAGACUGUCUGCUGUAGCUCAAUGGCUAUGUUCUGUUAGAGAUCAAGAACAAGAGCGUAAGUGAGAGUGAGAGUAAGUGAGAGAGAGAAAGAGAGGCAGAGAGAGAGAGAGAGAGAGAGAGAGAGAGAGAGAGGCAGAGAGAGGAACCCUACAGAACAGUAUUAAAAUAUUUCUGUCCGUCCCUGAUUUAUGACACUAGCAAGAUGACUAAUGACCUUGAACUUCAAAUUCACCUUAGCCUAUGGAUUGUUCAGAUUAACCCCUUCCAUUCUUUACUGGCUGAUUCAAUGUGUUCUGACUAGCCCAUGAAAAUAAAGGUUUGGGGAGAUUAAACAUAAAAUUUUAAUCAUGUGGCCCUCUUCCCCAAGUUUACCUUUAAUACAAAAUCCUUUUUUUAUAAAGCAAAUUGAAGAAAAUGGGACCCUGAUUUUGUAGCUGUACUUUUGUAUGUGUAUAUUUUUAUAGCCACAGACUGCCCACGUAGUGUGCUUUUGGACAUUACUUAAUUCUUGCA